ACACUUCCCUUCCUUAGUGAACCGCGAACCACCGCGUAAGACGCACGCGUUUACUCAUUGUCUAAUUUGGUGAAUAAAUAGUGUUAACGAAAGCAAACUUUUUCGCUUUACAAGUUUGUUUCAAGGACAGUGUUGUUUUACAGGUCAAGUGGAUUUCUUUUUGUUUGAUUCCGGGAUUGUUUAACUAAAUUAGAAGGUCCACGGCAUAUUGACUCUACUGUACCUGAUGAUAUCUUGCGUGAACUCCUAUAACGUGUUGUUCACCAUAUCUACAAAGUAUUGCAGAAUAUCAACAAUGACAUAACAGCUCCGUCAAAAUGGCGUUACGUUUGAAAAAAGACAUCAAGAAGGCCUCCUACUACGUGUGGUUCCUGGGGGCGCAGGAGUCACGCGGCCUGAGGGGAGAGGAGUUUGCGCUGCCAGCGAUCAGACUGCUGGAAGAGAGGGCGAGAGACUUGGAACCAUUCAAGGUCACACUACAGGUGUCGCACAAAGGACUGAAGAUCAUCCAGAAUGUGACGGCGAAGGGCAAGCAGCAGACAAUCAAGCACUUCAUCCCACACGGCAGCAUCACCAGCGCCGUGGUGCAAGGAGACGUGGUGGCAUGCGUAUUGUUGCUUUACAACCCACUCACUGGAUGCCCUGUGCAUGUCCACGCUUACAGAUGCGAUUCAGACCACACCGCUGAGAUGCUGUACACGCACCUCCAGGCCCUGAUCGAACGACCAGAGAACCAGAAGAAAUUCGCGGACAUAGAACGCAAGCUACAAAUGCGGGGCGCUUUGCCAUCCAAGAAGCCGCCAGACUCCUCCCUAGGGAGCGAAGUGUCCAGAGAAUCAGAUUCUGGAAGCAAUGAGGAGAGAUGCGUCGCCAAUUUAUAUGACAGUCUCGCUGCUGAACUGAAGCAGAAGUUGUCGACAGGUAAAAAAGGUUUAGGUAAGAGUCCCAUUCUCCUACCACCUCGUGAUUACGACACGGUACACCGGCAGAAGGGGAACCUCAGCAACAUCGACACCAGAAGAUGCCUCAACCAGAAUAUCGUGGGUGUAAAUGCACGACGCAAACUUGAGUCUUCUGGCGGCAGCUCGGGUAUUGGCAGUGAUUUGGCACCUUCUCCCGAGCGGAAUGAGUACACAAGGCAGCAUGAUAACCACAGCACUAGCGAGGAAGACUGGGCCGAAAGCACAGCGUAUCUGAUGCACGAGGCGUUCGACGCGUCGCCGCGCCGCGCUGCGUCUCCUCGCCGCGCGUCUCCCGCUCGCCGCGCCCUCUCGCCUGGCUACGACCGCGCCUACAACGAUGACUUCGCCGAACAGUUCCGCGACCAGCUCGCGCCCUUCCGCGAUCAGACCUUUGAACGUCGAUUCCGGAACGAGUCGCUUGAACGCAAACCCAAAACGGAAAAGUUUGCCGACGACACCACUUACAGGAGACGGUACAUCGCUGAAGCCAAACCUUCCAACAGGAGCAUAGACAGAGUCGAGGACCGACGAUUCGGAAAACUUCAAAGGGGCGCGAGUGAAGGCAGCCUGAAAGUCGCUGAUGCAUCACCAAAAGACCGGUUCAAUGUAGCCAAGGAGAAGUUCAUGAACCUUGAGAGGGAAAGGUUCAACAGAGAGCUGGAACAGCACAUGGCGAUGAGGCGAAGUAUGCUAGAGAGGAACAGUCGCUCGACUUCUUCCCCCGAGGAGGAAAGGAGGGAUGAGCGUCAGGAGCGGAGGGACUUAAGCUCCCGGAGAGAACCGGAGCGCUCUCAUCUCGAGCGUCACAGGGAGCCGGAUAGACGCAAGGACCAGGAGAGACGCGAACUGGACACUAGGGAACUGGCUCAUAGGGAGGUUGAGAGGCUCCCGCGGGUCGGCAGGAAGCGUGAUGACGUCAAGCGUUACGAGUACGGCACUGAGGAGUACUUGAACAGGAUCGAGCCCAAGCCUCAUAGGGAAGACUUUGACAGAUACAGGGAGAACAGAGAGAGGAGGGAAUUGGACAGACGCAUCGAGGAAGACGAGAUCAUAGAGCCCAUGAUAGAAGAACGGAGAAGGGACUGGAACGACAGGCAGAGGGCGUUCAGCCGCUCCCGCCUCUUGGAGGAUCAGCGCCAGUCGUACGCGGAGGGAGACCGGGACAGGUACUACGAUAGGGACUACAGGGAUUACCGGGACCUCGCCGACAGGCAACAGACGAAGUUCCGUCACAGUUACGCGGAGCCGAUACCGAGAGGUCGCCUGGGAACCGUCCGUCCCUACUGAUAUGCCAUAAUAGAGUAGACGAAUUGACGAUAUACUUAUGUAUUAAAGUCUAUAACACUAGGAUAUCCUUGAAGACUUCGAAACGUACAAAUCGCACGGUUUUGAAGAUUUUGUUUGAAAUCUUUCAAAUGAAGCGACAUUACGACUAAUCACAAUCCAUAUCGUAUUUUUCAAUACAAUUCGUGAACAAUAUAAACAUACUUAUACUGCCAGCCUCCUGACGCAUGGAGCGAUAAUUAGGGCUUUUAAUUUGAUUACCAAUAACAAAUAUUUGAUCAAUGUUCGUAUACUUGAGAAAUAUUUGUUUCUAAUCUAGGAGUCAUGGUAUCGGCCUGUUCCUUACACCGAAACAAUUUACGUAUUUUAAAAAUUUGAACACCAAACGAAUCAAAUUAGAUAAUCAUUUCAGUGUAGAAGUAACUGAAUUUGUAUCCAUUGUCGUACUAUGAAAGUUCGUGGUCUAAAUGUUUAUUGUCUGCAAGUUCUAUUGAGAAAUAUCUUACCUGAGUUAACAUAAGUGCACUAUAUAUCAGUGCCUAGUAUAUAAAUACUCAAUGGACAGUAUACACUAUAUAACAUUGUAAAUAGAGACGGUACCUUUAUUCGUUAUAAUUGAUUAGUUUAAAUGCAUGUUAUUGUUGUAGGUAAUCUGUCGAGGUUUAUGUUAUCUAAAUUGGAUUUUCAUUAUUUAAUUUAUUCUUUAUUACUGUAUAAAUAGAGGGGUUAGUGUUCAAUAUAUUGAUAUCAAGACUAAUGCGCUGUACAAAUAGUGUUAUGUGACAUAUUUAUGGCUCGUAAUUGGCUUAUCUAUUGUAUUCAUUUCGGCCUAUAUGUUUUAUUUUUGAUAGCUGUGAGCCACCCAAAUAUAAAUAAAAGAAAAUACUUCUCCAGUAGCCAUUGUCAAUGAUCAUCAUCAUCAUCACCCGCAGGAUGUCCAGCCUAACAUGGACUUCCCCCAAAGAUUUCCAGAUCGACCUAUUGGAAGCGGCCCACAUCCAUUAUAUUAUCAUUAGCCAUUAUCAAUAUUCUUAUAAAUUACAACCCAACCUAACCUAACCUUACUCAAUAGAAAGCCGUAAUCAUUAUUGUUACUCUACUGAGCUCGAUCCAUGUAGCCGGAAUAUAUAAAGGAUUAUUUCUUGAAUACAGUCAAUAGUCGUGUGAUUAUAUAUUGAACACUAACCACCCUUAAUUGAUAGGUACUCGUCUACUAAACGUAGUCAUAUGUAGAGACCCAAGAUGGUUGAUUAUUUGUUUUAUAUGGUUGCAAUUUUGUUAUAGUUUUUGCGCCGAAACUAUGUUGCUUUUUAAUGUUAUGUAUUCAGAUCAUAAGAGUAUGGUCUGGUUUGUUUUAAAUCAGUUUUUUGUCCCUUUCCUUCUUACAUAACAUAUUUAAAAAGGAAAGAGAUGGAACGCUGAUUAAAGAUAAAUUUCUAAAAGUUUAGGUAAAUAAUAUCUUUAAUCGUCUCGUCGUUAUAUUACAAAAUAAGACUACUUUAGAAUUGAUAUAUUUACCAGCAUACCUGCUCUUAUAAACAUCGGAGAUUUAUUCAUUUAUUUAGUCUCUACAUUGUUUUAUUAGACUCCGUAAACAAUCCACCAUAGAGGUUUACAUGAAUAAUUUCUAGAAUCAUCGGGUAUAGUUAAUGUAUGGUAUUCUGGUGACCGUUAUGUUAUUUGGACAAAGUACUUCCCGUCGGAUAGAGUAAUGGUCAUGCUAAAUAAAAAGUAACCAAAACAUGUAGAAGAUAAAAGCUAAUUUUGUUCUGAAAGGAUUUAUAUUUGUAGAGAUAAUAUUUAAAAGGCAACUGUGUGCCGGCGUGAACUCCCAGUGACAAAAUCCGAUGUAUCUGAUUUGUUUUGUAAAAUAAUUAUUAAAAAUAAAAUAUUUGUAUAAAUA